CUCUCUCCCUCUCCCUCUCCCUCUCCCUCUCCCUCCCCCAAAAGAAGAAGCGAAGCGACGACAGCACAAAACAAAUCUGGAAAUGUCUGUUUAUCACUCGAAUUAGAUACUGAAGACGAUCCGUAACAGUUUCCAAACUCGCGCUCCCAUAAGUAAGAGAAAAAAAAAGAAAUGAUCUUUUUUAAUUCCUGACGAGAUAUAGAGAGAUCUUGUUAAACACUUCAAAACCACAACCCCCAACUCCUGUCGGGACAGCUAUGUCGGCUGUUCUGUUCACGGCAGCUAUUCUCUUUCAUCUAUUACCGUUGACGGUUCUGUCUUACAAUUUCCCGGCUGCCCUGAAACUAGAAAGAGCGAUUCCAUCGAAUCACGAGAUGGAAAUCAGUCAACUCAAGGAGUUUGACAGAGCAAGACACGGCAGAUUGUUACAGUCUCUCGGCGGAGUUAUAGAUUUCCCUGUCGACGGGACUUUCGAUCCUUUCGUUGUUGGAUUAUACUACACGAAGCUGAGGUUAGGGUCUCCUCCAAGAGAUUUUUAUGUACAGAUUGAUACAGGAAGUGAUGUUUUGUGGGUUAGUUGUGCUUCUUGCAAUGGUUGUCCUCAAACCAGUGGACUCCAAAUUCAGUUGAAUUACUUUGAUCCAGGGAGCUCGGUGACUGCGACGCCGAUCUCAUGUUCUGACCAAAGAUGCAGUUGGGGUGUUCAGUCCUCUGAUUCAGGCUGUUCUGUUCAGAAUAACCUUUGCGCUUACACGUUUCAGUAUGGAGAUGGAAGUGGCACCUCGGGGUUUUAUGUCUCUGAUGUCUUGCAGUUUGAUAUGAUUGUUGGAAACUCUCUCGUUCCUAACUCAACGGCUCAGGUUGUGUUCGGAUGCAGCACUUCCCAGACAGGUGAUUUAGUGAAGUCAGAUAGAGCAGUUGAUGGAAUCUUCGGGUUUGGGCAACAAGGGAUGUCUGUGAUUUCUCAGCUUGCUUCACAGGGGGUAGCUCCAAGAGUGUUCUCACACUGUUUGAAAGGAGAGAACGGAGGUGGAGGCAUAUUGGUUCUUGGAGAGAUUGUGGCGCCUAACAUUGUCUUUACUCCACUUGUUCCCUCACAGCCUCAUUACAAUGUGAAUCUGCUGAGUAUCUCAGUGAAUGGCCAAGCUUUGCCUAUCAAUCCAUCGGUCUUCUCCACAUCAAACGGCCAGGGAACAAUCAUCGACACUGGUACAACACUGGCAUACCUUUCUGAAGCAGCCUAUGUUCCUUUUGUUGAAGCUAUUACAAAGGCUGUUUCGCAGUCUGUCAGACCUGUUGUUUCGAAAGGGAACCAGUGUUACGUCAUUUCCUCGAGUGUGGCAGACGUAUUUCCACCAGUAAGCUUAAACUUUGCUGGUGGAGCAUCCAUGUUCUUGAAUCCUCAGGAUUACCUCAUACAACAGAACAACGUUGGAGGUACUGCAGUGUGGUGCAUAGGUUUCCAGAGGAUACAGAAUCAGGGGAUAACGAUUCUUGGAGAUCUGGUUCUGAAAGACAAGAUCUUUGUCUAUGAUCUGGUCGGUCAGAGAAUCGGAUGGGCAAACUACGACUGUUCAAUGUCUGUCAAUGUCUCUGCGACUAGCAGCAGCGGAAGAAGUGAAUAUGUGAACGCAGGACAGUUUAGUGACAAUGCCGCGCCGCCGCAGACGCUGUCUUUUUUACACAUGUUCGGAAACACUCUAAUGCUCUUACUUAUGGUAAUCAACAUGUUCUUAUAGCACACAGCGUUUAUAGAGUUGCCUUGAUUGUAGUUUCUGUACACUGUUUUGGUAUGGUGUGUGGUCGCCGGAGAGUAAUUGUCUCCCAGACCGGCGAAGCCAAACAUAAGGAAAGUUAACUUGUUUGUUGUUGUUUUGGAAUGUACAUAAUUCGUUUCUUACUUAGUGGUGUGUGUAUUGUUAUUCUGAUCAAAGUUUAUUUUCCCUACUGUUUCUAUUAUUAAGUG